AUGAACUAACCCCGGACCGCGGGAGGAGGAGGAGGGAGAGCCGCGUCCUCCUGCGCCUUCUGCCGCCUGGCCGCCGGCCGCACCUUGCUCCGGCACCCCCUCCCCGCCGCCGGGGAUGCUGUGAGCCCUCCCAGCCAUGACACCCACCUGCCCCCCGGCGCCGCCAGUCCCUCGCUCCCACGGACUCUGCUGACUUCCCCAAGGCCGGCGCAGCCCUCCCGCCCCCCGGAAAGUACUUCGCUGCCCGCUCCGCCGGGCCGGGGGCCCAGCGCAUCCCGCCGCUCUCCUCCUCUCCUCUCCUCGUGUGCUUCUUUGUUUUGUUUUCCUUUUUUUUAAAUUUUUUUCUCCCCUAAGUCUUGAAGUUGAGUUUUAGAGGCGACACGGCGGCUUCAGCCGAUUUCUUCCCCUUCCUUUGCCUCCCCAUGGAUAUGCACUGCAAAGCAGACCCCUUCUCAGCAAUGCACCCAGGGCACGGGGGUGUGAACCAGCUCGGGGGGGUGUUUGUGAACGGCAGGCCCCUACCUGAUGUGGUGAGACAAAGGAUAGUGGAGCUGGCUCACCAGGGGGUGCGACCCUGUGACAUUUCCAGGCAGCUGCGGGUCAGCCACGGUUGUGUCAGCAAGAUUUUGGGCAGGUAUUACGAGACGGGAAGCAUCAAGCCCGGCGUGAUCGGAGGCUCCAAACCCAAAGUGGCCACCCCAAAAGUAGUGGAUAAAAUCGCCGAGUACAAGAGACAAAACCCGACAAUGUUCGCCUGGGAAAUCCGGGACAGGCUAUUGGCCGAGGGAAUCUGCGACAACGACACGGUCCCCAGCGUCUCUUCCAUAAACAGGAUCAUCAGAACCAAAGUUCAGCAACCUUUUCACCCAACACCAGACGGGAGUGGGACAGGUGUGACUGCACCAGGACAUACUAUUGUGCCCAGCACAGCAUCCCCUCCUGUCUCCAGUGCCUCCAAUGAUCCAGUGGGCUCUUACUCCAUUAACGGGAUCCUGGGGAUUCCUCGGUCGAAUGGCGAGAAGAGGAAACGUGAUGAAGAUGUAUCCGAGGGCUCAGUUCCCAAUGGAGAUUCCCAGAGCAGCGUGGACAGUUUGCGGAAGCACCUUCGUGGCGACACUUUCACCCAGCAGCAGCUGGAAGCUUUAGAUCGAGUUUUUGAGCGUCCUUCUUACCCUGACGUCUUUCAAACAUCAGAGCACAUCAAAUCUGAGCAGGGUAAUGAGUACUCCCUCCCAGCUCUGACCCCUGGUCUCGAUGAAGUCAAAUCAAGUCUAUCCACCUCUGCUAACCCAGACCUGGGGACAAAUGUGUCAGGACCCCAGACGUACCCUGUGGUGACCGGUCGUGAUAUGGCAAGCACAACCUUGCCUGGCUACCCACCUCAUGUUCCCCCAACUGGACAAGGCAGCUACCCAACAUCAACUCUUGCAGGAAUGGUUCCUGGGAGCGAGUUCUCAGGGAACCCCUAUAGCCACCCUCAGUACACAACCUACAACGAGGCCUGGCGGUUCAGCAACCCUGCAUUACUAAUGCCACAUCCCGGGGCUCCGCACCUCCCACUGCUGCCGCUGCCUAUGACCGCCACUAGUUACCAUGGAAACCACAUGAAACUGCAGGGCGACAGCUUAGGCCUCCACAUUGUACCUGUCUGAUCACCUCCCUCCAUCCCUGGGAAGGGUGAAGAGACCUUCUCCGUUCCUCCCCACAGUCCAGUUCCUUCCUCUUCGCCACGAAAGCGCCGGACCAAGCGCUCACCACAUGAGACUGAGACCCCCUGGUUCCCCUGCCCUCCGCCCCGACCGCUGCCCCCGCGCCAGGAACAGCCUGCGGCCAAGCGGCUUCUCCUGCAGGAGCCCUCCAACACCCCCGCAGAAAGCUCAGCCAUGCAAAGUCCUCUCGGCUUCCAGGACUCCAGGGGGCUGGGAAGCAAUGCAGCUGGCAGCCAUUGCCUUACAGGACCCCUUUCUGGGAGCGGUAAGGGCCAGGGAAACAGGGGAGAAUGCCGCUCGUGAAACACUGUUCCCCAAAGAUGUACUCUUCUGUGGUGGACUCUUGAGUGUAUGUAACCUGUGAUGCUCACCCUGUUUCCCAGGACAGAGGGAACGGUCUGGCUAGAGCAGAGAUGGCAGCACAGAGACCUGGCCCAUCUGGCAAUGAAGAAAGGACCAAGUAAAGAUCUGCACCCCACGAGGGGUUCUCUGUGCACCUCAUCCCCACUUUCCAGCAUGGAUUCCCCCAGAGUUGGCUGCACCUCACAGGUGGUGACUUUGCAGGCCAGAGUUGGGAGGAACCUCACACAUACACCCACAAUUUCUGUGACACACAAUCAGCUCAGACAGGAGGAUGGAGCAACAUUUACAAACAAACCAACGAAAUGAAGAAAUAUAUAAAUAGAUAUAUAAAUAUAACUGUGUUUUUAUGCUUUGUCAUGAAGGUCUGUAAAAAGGAACAAAAAAAAUCCCCAAUUUUCUAAAAAAACCCAAGCAAACAAAACCAACAAAAAAACCAAAAUAAUAAUUAAAAAACCCUACAAAAAUAAAACUCCAAGUCCCAUCUCUCCCCACCACCUGAAUGGCAGACGAGUUCCUCUGACGUUUGAUGCUCCUCUUUCACUCUAGGGUUUUGUUUCCUUUCUGUUUUGCACUACAAUGGGAUGAUGGUAUUGGAGAGGAUUGGAUGCCAGCUCCACCCGGUCGCCUUCUCCUCCCCCUCCUUUCCCAAAUCCUGUCUCUGGGGAGCAGUGUGGACAAGUCACAUCUGACAAAGUUACCAAAUACAUCAGUCAACAAAAAAAAGCACUCUGAGGCAACAAAAGUUUUCCAUGUCACUGGUUGGCAAACAAAGAAAACAAGCCCAGCUGCGCUCUCACUGC